AUGAUCCAUCCCUGCGCGGCCCGCCCCGUUUCCCUGGUCCCUGGGUGUCUAGACUACACCGAGGAAAAGUACUCCCCCUCAACAGCAGCCAUCUCUGCAGCCAAUCGCGCCCACAUCACCAUCGACAAGCUGAAGAGUUGUACCGCGACCAGAAUCCUCCAAUCACAACCCCAAGUCGCCCUCCAAAGGAUCAAAAGCCAUCGUCACAAUAGCGGCUUGCAUCGAACAAGAGCAGAUUUCGAUUUCCUUCCCCACCAGCCGUCUUGGGUAUCAACACCUCCACUGGCCUUCAUACUGCUAGCUACCUACUUCGGCCGUGAUGCGUCUCUCGGUCCCGAUGGCAGACGCAGACGGGGCGCCACCGCAAAGCCUCUCCGCUGCAUGUGUGUGAUACGGACACCAGCCCGAGGAAGGCCUGUCGGCCAUUUUCAUGUCAGCGUCUCGGCCUCUUUGAAUGGCGAGGCGGACGGUCUUCACCCGUACAGGGUCGCUGCUUAAGCCAUUGUGUAACGGAAUAUGCCAAAGGCCAGCAUCCCCUUCCCACUGCACCCAUCCGCCUUUGCGCGCAUAACGCCACGGAAACCAAGUCACCUUGUCCCUCAAACGACAGUCUGUUGUGCUCGAGACUGUCUCGCUGUCAAAGUAUGCCAGGGACUACCCAUACCAAAUCUUCCACUCCUUCUCCAGCUCCAAUACAACAGCUCAGGGUCAUUGACUCGGAGCAGGUCAGUUAGCAGGUAUUUUCCCUGAUCCAUUCGUACCAGAUGAACAACCUACGCCAGUGGCUUUUCAGCAGACAAUUUGGCGUCGAGAUGAUGCCGACUUUCGGGAUAAUCCCAAUGUCGUGCAACACCGCCAUCCUUUAUUUUUACUUUCGGCACAGCACGCCAAGUGGUCAAGAUGCCAUAGAGACCCCGGCCACGUCAAUACUCAGAGCAGCACCCCAAGCAGGAAGCCUUUGGACUGUGAUGUGUAAUUGCCGGUCUGCUCUUUGCAUACCCAAACUGCUUCCGCAUCAACACAAGGCAUGUGUCGUUCGCGACCCUCACCAGGGUACUUGUUCUUGAACACGGCAUUCACCUCGAUUCUGAAGAACCCCAGUUGGAUUGAAACCUGCUGAAGAAAAAAAGAAGAAAAAGAAGAAAAAA